AUGAGCUGCAAGCGGCUGUUUGGCGUGAGCAACAUGGUGCGCAUCCUCACGGAAGGAGUCCAGCCGGCGCAAAAGGACGACACUAUCAAGUCGCUCAUUUUGGAGGCCGACGCCCGCCAGCGCGACCCCGUCUACGGCUCCGCCGGCAUCAUCACCACCCUCCGCGAAGAGGUCGCAAAGCUCCAGGAGGAGCUAGUCGUCGCAAAGGAGCAACUUAGCUUCCUUCAGCAGCCUCACGUCGUGCACCAGCCUCAAAUGCACGUUGUCCCUCACCACCCUCAUUCGCAGCUGCUCGGCGACCACGGCCCCCCUCUAAACGUCAUGGACUCGUCUUUGGCUCCUCCCGAACAGCCCCCACUGCUUCUUUUCCAGCCGGGGUUUCUGCCCAUGGAUUUUGUCCAGCACCAGGCUGAGGAGGCUCCGCCGGUGAAGCAGGAGCGGCUUGAUCCGGAGGAACAGCAGCUCGAGCAGGAGUUCGGUGGCAACUUUUUUCAGCCGGCUAACGGCGAGCACAGACAGCAGCAGGAACAGCAGGAGCAUCAGCAGCGCCAGCACUGA